AAGUUAUUUUCAUGAAUGGAGGGGGCGGGUCACGAGGAGUCGGUGACGCGAGCGCCUGCGGAAGCGGAGCGUGGAAUGUUGGUACAUUGUUGUUGUUUUGUAGUCGAUUCAGUUCGACGAGUCGCCGCUGGACGCGUUCACACACACACACACACACACACACACACACACACGAACACACACACGAACACACACACCGGCAGCGUAAAGUCACACGCGUCGCCUCGGACCGGCGCAAACCGACGUCGCCACUUUUUUGGUUUUACGCACGGAUAUACACCGCGUCCACAGAGUGAGUCUUCUGUGAGAUUCUGGCCCGUUGUCUGCAUGCAGGGAAUGACGACUCAUUUCAAGACGAGCAAAGCUUUAAAGGUCAAGAAGGAGGCGGGUGAGAAUGCCCCGGCGCUCAGCGACGACGAGCUGGUGGCCAUGUCCGUGCGGGAGCUCAACCAGCACCUGCGUGGGCUGACCAAGGACGACGUCGUGCGGUUGAAGCAGCGGCGGCGCACCCUGAAGAACCGGGGCUACGCCGCCAGCUGCCGCAUCAAGCGCGUCACCCAGAAGGAGGAGCUGGAGAAGCAGAAGAUCGAGCUGCAGCACGAGGUGGACAAGCUGGCGCGGGAGAACGCCAGCAUGCGGCUGGAGCUGGACGCGCUGCGGGCCAAGUACGAGGCCCUGCAGUGCUUCGCCCGGACUGUGACCCGCGGGCCCCUCUCGCCGGGCAAGGUGGCCACCACCAGCGUCAUCACCAUCGUCAAGUCGGCCAAGCACAACAACAACAACAACAACAACAACACCAACAACAACUCCAGCCCGACCCCCUUCUCGGCCCAGUCCUAGUGUCGACAGGACUGGGCUCUCCUCGUCCCGCCUGGUCCUUCCCCCUGGUCCGGACCCCGGCCCAACCCGCUCAUCCCGUACUGAGAGGACGCUCAGUAGUCAGACUGAGGGAUGGGACGGGGGCUGGCGAGCUCCACGUGAUGUUAUCCGGAAUUCACAACUUCGCCUCCCACCUUUUUUCCCCCCCGUCUGAUUCACACAAUCUAUAUCUAUUGUCUGUGCACUGUGCAAAUACCCCCCACCCCCUCUGUGACCCUCCCUCCCCGACGAGAAAGUGUUUGACACGCCUUAACGUGGCGGCACCGGCCUCGGACCUGCUCAGACACUUACCGCCUUUCAAGCACAAAGCACAAGAGAUUCAAGGAGUGUGCGUAUGUCACAGUAAGGAUAUUGUGCAACAGCCUUUUUUCCAAAAAUGACAUUUUUCUGUACGUAAAAGUGCCUCUUUAAAUCUAUGAAUUAUUAUCCCACAUGUAGUUCAGCACAACUCUCCGUAGCCCGGUGCUAAGAGCCGCAGCCCCAAAGGUUCUCACUGACAGCUUCCUCCUCUUUUUCGAGAGGAGCCCACAACUGACCAAUGUUUGGCCAAUGGGCCCCAGUAGUAAUGCUUAUUUUUCAGUAAGUUUUUGCCAAAUUGUUCAUUUAGUAUUUAGGAGCUAAUGCAAAAAAAAAAAGCAUUCAUACGUUCCUACGUACGCUGACUGCAAACUAAUUUUGAAAAUAAUAUUUGUUCCUUUGAAACUUUAAAACUCGGCCAUCACGGGCCAGAAUUUGUAUGCAAAUCUUUGCUGGAAAUAUACGAUCGCAGUCCUUUGUGAGGUUCUUUCGUGAAGAUGAAACAAACAAACAACAUCGCUUUCUCUCACACCUGCGGGGGGUCUCUCUGUGCGAGGAAAGCGAGUCUCAUUCAUUUUUAAUUUGCCGUCCCAACAGCUCGUCCGCAGAGGAAAAACGCUCGACUGGUGCGCCGGCGUUGUGGUUGAGAGAUUGUUGAAUUCGUCAUUGGCGCUGAAAGGUGUGUGUUUUCCCGCGGUGAGCCAGUGUCGGUGAGAACGUUUGGGGGCUUGUGGCGAACGUAGGUCUGAUUCGGGGGUUUUUUUUGCCUCCGAAAGAGAAAAUGAUCCACAAUUUCCGCUCAUGAUGCUCUGAGAUGCGUCGAGUUGAGUCGUGACUUGACGGCGACAGAUCUUAAAGGCCCGUUUAGCCGAACACUCAGACUAAAAUGUAAAAAAAAAAAACUGAAGCCGUCAAGGAUGCUCCUGGGCCAGAUUUCUUCAGAUGCGGCAGGUUCGGCGUUGCUCGCCGUCGGUCAUCAUGUGGCACUUAACUGUCGAGAUACAGUAUAAAAGAAAAUGGAUCCUUACAAUUUGAGAUGACAACACACAGAAGCUCUUCUUGCAUUUCUGAAGUGACUGAGACCUGAGUGCACAGCGAUCCAACGUGGUGUGACCACGUAUUCGCAAGGUCGGGCGGACGUCUUUGCCUGCUUUCCUUUAUAUAUGCCACUCUUUUUGGUAGGUAAUCCAUAUUGGAUGUAUUGUAACGAGAGCGGUCCUGACGAGUGAAAUGCAGUUCAGCUCACUUCCUGUACACUAGACAAAAAUGCUCCCACUUCCUCAGUGGUUACUUUGCGUCCUCAACUCCGUCCAAAUAGAAAUCAUUCCUAGAUGCUGCCGGGUGACGAGAAAGUGCUGCAGCCGGUGUCGGUAACUCUGAAACAGUGGCUUAUUUUUCCUUUUGCUUUUUGACACACUCUUCUGCAAGAGAACUCCUGACGCCCCCGUCUCUAGAAAAAAAACCAGCGGUGCCACGGCGACUAAAACGCAGGAGACACCCGUCCCUCCUGCUUUUAUACCUUUUUUGAGAUAUAUUCAAAUGUGACGUUCACUUGAAAACCCAGCCGUUCUUACCGAGGAGCCAUUCCUGAAAUUUGGAGUGAAAAGUGAAUGGAGAUUGUUCACGUCAGGAUUUUCUCUUGGCCAAGAGGAGACGACUGUUCUUCCCCUCGUUCCGUAGCUGCGGACGAACAGUACGGGGAACCUUUGCUGCUGUACAACCUGCUGUGAUUUUUGAAGCAGGGGCAUUGCUGUGUUCCUACUCUCGUUUUGUAUUUUCACUUGGUUUCUAUGUUGAUGCAACCGUUGUUCUCUUUCUGAUACUUAGUUUUAUAUGCAUAUACAGUAUAUUGAAUAUAUAUAUAUAGAUAUAUAUAUAUCUAUAUAUAUAUAUAUCUCUAUAUAUAUCUAUAUAUAUAUUACAUAUUUUUCUAUAUUUAUGUCUUUUACUAUCCUGGGAGUGGUGUGAUUAUAUAAUCAUCCUUUGAAGUCUAAUGAUGUUGACGCUGACCGUUGUUUUUGUCUCUGAAAAAGUUGUAUUCACAUUUACAACGAGAAAACUAUUCUCAUAACUUAAGCCUUCAUUGUGAGUAUUUAUACCCCAUGAAUAGUUCUUCUCGGCACACGUACUAUUUUGUCUCAUACACAAAUUGGACAGACAGUCACUAUGGUUACAUACAGGCUGCAGUUGAUUCUCUGUUUAAAAACAGGGAGAUGACGUUCUGACAUUUUACAUCAUAACUUGUGUGAACCAACAGACGAUACAUAUUUAACGGAGGUUGCAAGUCAAACAUUCUAUGCAAAAGGAAUUCACCUAUUUCACAUAGUUUCUGGAUCUUUAAGAUGGAAAUGUAUGUCAAACAUCUACCACUACUUCAGCACAGAUAUCAAUUAUCUCAAAUAUAAAAUACAUCUAAAGAGGUCACUUGACUUAGUCGACAGUCUCAGAUGAUGAUGAUGAUGAUGAUGAUGAUGAUGAUGGUAAUGCUAUUAUAACCGCCAAUAAAAAACGUUACCUGAAAGAAAGUCCAAAGCUGCUAAAGACCGUCCACCGUGACCCGUAAAGUCCAAGGUCAUUGAGUCAGAGAGGAAUUUCUAGACACUCGUUCCAUGUUUACAUACGUCAUUUUUUUUCUGGGCACAUUACCUUAAAAAAGACAAUACUGCUCAAAGCCUUUUCCUGAAAAAACUCCACAAUGAGCUCUUGUGGAAACGUUUUCAAAAAACCCCUGAAUGCUGUUAAAUGAGGGUUUGUCUAAUUUGAGCAGUCAUUACUGUAACUUGGAUCAUGGGUGAGUGCUUUAUUUUAGCACACCUUGAAACAUAUACUACAUAAAAGUAUACAUAUCUGUACUUGUGCCAUGUUAAAAGACAAACCUCUCUGCAGGUGAAUUAAGUACAACCUACCCCCUGUGGCCAUUCAUGCUCUGAAACACACGCAGCUCUUUGGUUUUUCACGCCACAAGCAAAUACUUGCCAGACAAUAAUUUACAUUUUAUCAAAGGCACUUUUUCUUUUUUUAACUACAAUAAAAGCUGCAAAACAUUUUUUUUCUUUUGUCAAAUGAAUUUAGGGAGCAUUUUAAAGAUAUAAAUAUUUUAUGGGUGAAAAGAGGCACAAAUCAUUACCUACCGCCGAUGUUGUUCCCAGGAGCUGUAAUAAAACCGUUUAAGAUGUCAACUGUUAUUUCAUUUGAAUUUUUUUUUAAAUGAACCAAUGCAAUUGUAUGUACAGAAACGAGGUGCUCUUCUUGAGUAUUCAAUAUUAUGGAUUUCCUGAAAACCAGGAAGCAAACAAGCUUUGCCAGCCCGACAAGCUAGCGUGUUUAGCCGUGGAGAAAAGUCAAGAUUUAUUAUUGUAGAGAUUUUUAGAGGUUUGUGCCUAAAAUAUUCAGCAAAAAAACAAGCUCCACGGUAGUAAGGAUGGAGCACGUGUAAGGAUUAUGUGGUUGUGGGUGAAAUCAAUGAAUGUUGGUUCAAACAGCAGCAGUUUCAAGUUUGUACUUACUGUAAAGAAGGAUAGUAAUACGACAGCAUGUCCAUGAGUAUGUACCCUUCACAUCUUGUCAUUAUUCUGCUCAUAUAUUUUUUUAUAUUUAUUUCAUUGAUUUGUGUAAUUAAAAAGAAGAAAAAAAACCACAACCUAAAUUAUUUUUUAUUUUACAUUCAUGUAAUUUCCUCAAUGAACUACCCUCAUGUACAAAUAAGAUCUGUUUUUGUUUUCUGCUCUGAUUUUAAACUAUGGUAAAUUAUUCCUAUAAAUAGAUCUGCUGUGUCUUGUUUUUGUACCUUUAAAUAAAGCUUCUUCCUCAUCUGAA